UUUGCUGAGUUCUCUGACCAAUGAUGCUGACUGUCCCUCGUCUGAUGCUGUCUCAUGUUUGUCUUCCUCAUUAUCUUCUGUCAUUCAUGCUGGCUGUGGAUCAUGCUGCUCAGUCUCAUCUUCCUCCUCCUCAUUACUCCUCUGUUGCACCAUCUCUUUUGCUCCUUCUGCUGUACUUUCCUUCUUAAAAUAAAUUAAAAUAAGAAUAUAUGUAAACUUUCUCUUCAUUCUCUGAAAAUUGACAUACACAAGCAUCAACUAAUGACUUUAGGUAACUCUGUGGAAACAGGUCAAAGACACAUCCAAAUGCUGCGGUAACACAACAACACAGUCCACAAACAGAUUUGAAAAGAAAUGUAGCGCCACUGGUUUCUCAUAACUUAACCUAUAUAACAAUGUUGACUUUAACGUUUGACAGUGAGGAGGAAGCAAUGGCUGCGUCAUAAAAAUAACCAAAAUGUACACAGAAAAGACUAUCAGUAUUGUAAAAUCUAAGUACUAUCAUGCUACGAUGAGUUCAGAAAUUAAAAUUGUAAUUUGGCAAAAAGGACAGAGUCAGAUAAACUCAACUUAUUGGAGCUAAACUGUAAAAUAUUUUGCUUUACCAAUAGACAAAAACAGAAAGCAAACAAGUCACUCAUCUAACUUCACAUGCGUAUGAGCCUCUAAACCAGGGGUCUGCAACCUGCAGCUCCAGAGCCACAUGUGGGUCAUUUACCCUUCAGUCUGGCUCUCUGGUUAAAGAAAAAGAAAAUGGUUUUAAUUUUUAAAAGUUACUGUCAAAUAAUUGAGUAGUAAAUGAAACCAACUCAGACUUUUCUCAUUCACAAACAGUUCAAGGAUAGUUUCUAUCACAAGUCAAAACAAAGCAUUUUUGAUAGAUUUUUAUGAGCCGUCUCACUAUUAGCUCUGAUUUCAUUUUGGUUACUUAGAUUUACUAAUGACUGGCUAAGAUGAACCACAAAAGGUAAAUAAAAACUUUUUUUUUUUAAUCACUGCUGGCAUGCACUACUACAUAUGUUGCAUAGAGAUAAUCCUAUGUAAAACAGAGUGUCUUUUAUUUUGAAAGGAAGUCAUUUGAACCUCUGUCAAAAGUUAUAAACAAUUUCACAUUUUGUAAAAGGGCUUUUUUCUCUUUAUGUUUUGGUUUUAUUUAUGCCGAGGAAAACUAUAGUUCAAUUAUAUUUAUCACAUGAGUAACAAUAAUAUAAUACAAAUCAGUUUCUCUUUAUUGUAAAGGGUGAAGUAAGACUUUGUAGAUCCUACUGGGUUGUGGUCAGUGAAAAAUUGACCUGAAUGGCUCUUAAAGUGUUGUAGGUUGUAUACCACUGCUCUAACUAUGGCUUGUCUCACAAAGUUAAAGUUAAGAACAUGAAAUCGUCCAAAACCUCCCUGCUCCAUGCAGAAUGAUUUAGAGUUCUUUUUUCUAUUGAGAUAAGGGAGACAGCUCCUGAAACACAACCCCAUACCAUAAUCCUCCCUCCACCAAACUUCCAAUUUGUCAGUCAAGUAGCUCUGGAAUCAUAGCACCGUAGAUGGUAAAAUGGGAUUCAUCCUCCCGGGUUUUCACUGCUAGUCAUCGUUUAAUCUGGCACUUUGUGUUUCACUGUGUUAUGUGAGGCUUGGAUGCAGCUCCUCUAUGUAUCUCCCUCACUGUCUGAAGGCCAUGUGAAGAUGGAGAUCUGUGGGGUUUCGGUUGUGUGAGGUUUCUUCAUGGUUGGAAUGCAUGAGGUUUUUUUUUUUUCAAAUAAAAAGCAGUUAAAGGUUCUCAUUCAUUCAUGAUGUUUCCUUGAAGUCGAGUCAUGGCAACUGGACUUAAAAUCUUCUUCCUUGAAACGUUUCGCUGCUCAUCCAAGUGGAUUCAUCGGCAGCUGUUUUUAAAUAAAACAUUUUCUUGGAAAAAAGAAACCUUGUCUUAUGUUAUUCUUAAUCAAAAUUUAAAUUCAUUUUUUUAAAUUUACAUUGGGAAGUGAAACAAUACUUAUAACUUUAAGUAUAAAAACUAUCAAUGACUCAGCACAAUUCUUAGCAUGUUUGACGCCCCUAUCUUUAUUUAUUCACACACUCCACAAAAAUCAGCUGACUGUUAUCUUUUCAUAUGAUAAUAGCAUUGUAUUUCAUCCUAAAAAUAAAACUUGUGAGACUGUGGUUUUAAGAUAGCAAUUCUUUAUCAUUCUAAGCUGUACUCCCUGAAACUCCGGAUCUCAUUCAAGCUUUUUGGAAUGGAAAAGGUAAAAUGACUUUCAUGCAAAUAUUUUGAUGGGAGGGACAGUUGACCGUACAAGUGGAGUAUAUAAACUGUAGAACAAUCAGUGCUAACACUCAGAGAAGGUCUCUACAGUAGCACAAUGGCUUUGUGGAAGCUGGUUUCCUUUCUGGUUCUUGUUGGUCUUCUCCCUACAGGGUCCCUUGCCCAGCUCGAUGUGUGCGGCAUUGCUCCACUCAAUUCAAAAAUUGUUGGGGGGGCAGAUGCUGUGCCAGGAAGUUGGCCUUGGCAGGCCAGUCUGCAGUAUUUCGGCAAGCAUUUUUGUGGUGGCUCCCUGAUCAACAAGGAAUGGGUGCUGACUGCGGCUCACUGUGUUGCUGGAACAAGCACAAAGAAAUUGUUGGUUUCUCUUGGCCGUCAGAAUUUGGAAGGAAAGAACCCAAAUGAGGUGUCCAGGCGCGUAGCCGCUAUAAUAGUUCACCCGGACUUUGACAGAGGAACUAUGAACAACGACAUCGCCCUGGUCAGACUCUCUUCACCUGUACCUUUCAGUCACUACAUCAGGCCUGUGUGUUUAGCAGCGAGUGCAAGUGUGUUCAACAAUGGCACUGGCAGCUGGGUCACCGGCUGGGGUCACAUUAAAGAAGGAGAGCUGUUGCCGUUUCCUCAAACUAUUCAAGAAGUGGCUGUGCCAGUUAUUGGAAGCCGACAGUGUAACUGUCUCUAUGGAGUCAUCAACAUCACCAGCAACAUGAUCUGUGCUGGACGUUUGGAUGGGGGCAAAGACUCGUGUCAGGGAGACUCGGGUGGUCCCAUGUUGACUAAGCUGGGUUCUGUUUGGAUCCAAUCUGGAAUCGUCAGUUUUGGUAUUGGCUGUGCUCGGCCCAAUCUGCCAGGAGUGUAUUCUAGAGUUUCCCGUUACCAGACUUGGAUCAAAUCUCACAUAAGCUCUCAUGAGCCAGGCUUUGUCCAGUUCCCCUCCAUGGAACCGGAUCCAGACAGCAAUUACACCUGUCCUGGCCUGCCAACUGCCACAGCUUUGCCUGUUACCAGUCCUACAAGCAGGUCAAACCUUGGAGGGGUAAAGACAGUCCAUUGAUGUGGAAUUAUGGGAGAAGUCCUCGCAGAAGAUUCCAACAAAAUUUACUAUGUAAUAAUCUUUUAAUUAUGAAUGAAAAAAGAUGUUGGAGCAAUUAUUAUUAUCACUGAGAAAGAGGGUCUAAGGUCAAAGAUGCCCAGUUAUCUUAGUCUGUAGGGUUUAGUUUAGCAAUCAGCUAUUGUAUUUUGUGAAUGAUUUGAUGUUUUUGUACAUUUACCGGUAUGAAGCCGUUGAGAUGAUUAUGUUGUGAUAUUGGGCUAUAUAAAUAAAAUUGAAU